UAUCGGAUAACGCUGCAAUCAUUGAGCCAAAGAACAUGUUCUGUGGAUUAUCACCAGGAAUGAUGGGGGUAGAGGACGCACUGUUGAUGAAGAAACGGAAGUCGAGAAGGUUCCGGACUACUUUCACCAGCUGUCAGCUACAAGCUCUGGAAGGAGCUUUCCAGCAGACGCACUAUCCGGACAUGUACAUGAGGGAGGAGCUGGCGAUGAGGAUAGAUCUCACAGAGGCUAGAGUACAGGUUUGGUUUCAAAAUCGUAGAGCGAAAUGGAGGAAGAGGGAGAAACUACAGAACAUAGCGUCCGGAAACAGCAGCGGCAGUCACGUGACUACUCCUGGAACUGGGAGUCAAUGUGAGAGUGCAGCUAGUAGUCCCUAUCUCAACUCAGCCUGCUCCCCCUCCCCUAAUACCGGUUACAAGAACAAGAGGACAACAACAUUCUCUCCCCCGCCCUCCAGUGUAAAUGCUCUGUUAGCUGCCAACCCCCUUCUCACAUCCUGGUCAAACGUUCUACAAAAUCAGUACAGAGAGUUGAGCGCCCAGCUGCCAGGUCUGCACAAAGAAGGGGACCCCUUACAGCGAAUGAGAGAGGCUCUGGUGGGUAGAAGUGGUAAUGUGGACAUCUCCAACCACCCUCUUCUACUUAACUUCCCCUUCAAGGAUCCACUUCUAGCUGUUUCCAGUUCAUCGCCAGUAACAACACUUGGGAACUUUGUGUCAGAAAGUACUAAAGAAGCGUUCUGAAGAAACAGCACUGUUUACCUAAGAAGCUGCUGAUUAUUAUGGUAAUCACAAGAAAGAGAUGUGAACUGCCUUGUGACUCCUCGACCUUUCUACGAUGAUUUAAUGAGUCUCAGGGGCCAGAAAUUCAGCGAAGAGAUAAAGAAGCGAGCACCUUGAAUGUUAAUUUGUGGUACUUCUUGAUCACUUUACAUCUUCUAGAUUAAAGUUCAUUGGAGAAAUGAUCGGAGCUGCAGUAGACUGUAUUUUGAUAUGUUUAUCGUUUAACGGGGAGGAUGGUAACUUGUUUGCUUUGAAAGUGUAUUUUUCGGAGAAAGCUAUGAAGUUAAAGCAACGUUGAUAAAAUAUUAUUUAUUGAUUAACUUUAUCGUGAAUUUGCGUAUAAGGCUGUUUGUGUAUAAGAUUCCAGAUAAAAUGUAAAAUGUCGUUUCCGGUUUCAUGUUCGUAUAAAGAAAUUUUAUGUUGCCGUUGGCUAAAACGAUGCUGAAAGUUUUCAGAUUCCCUUUUAAAAUCGAAAAA